UUGGAAGUUUCUCAUAGCAACAGUGCAGCGGUAGACGAGCCUCUAUUCGAAGUCGUGAAAGAAGAGCCAUUAGAGGAAGGAGAGAUUUCUGAGGGGCAAACAGGAGCACCCGAAGAGUCAUCUCCGUCUCUACACAAAAAAUCGCUCCUGCUCGCAUCACAUGGUUCUUGCAACAAAACUAAACUGUUCAAGAAGCCUGUGUUGGUGAACCUCGCCUACAGAUCAACAUCUGAAGCAUCUUCCAAAAAAGGACAAACAAGGGCGUUUUUGAAGUUACCAAUGAAGUCGAGCCAUAAAAGUAAAAGCAGGACGGAUUACUGUGACAAAUCAGCCGCUCCUUCCAAAAAGAGACGAUUGGAUGAUGACAACGAUCACGAGAGGAGAACGAGAACCACGGGGAAACCAGUGAUUGUCCCAGGAGAGGCUUCCUCAUCUACUGCUGCUGCGAAGAAUGAGCCACUCGAAGAGGGAGAGAUCAAGGAGAAUAUACAGGUGCAGUUGCUUGACGUCACAAAUUAUGUCCAGCCAGUGCAGCUGCCGCGCAGAGCUGAGUGCUAA